AUGUCAUUCGGGUCCAAAGCUGCUCAAAGAUUAGCCAACAAAACCAUCCUUAUCACUGGAGCUUCAGCUGGGAUUGGGAAAGCCACCGCUUAUGAAUUUGCUGAUGCAUCUCAUGGUGAAAUUAAAUUAAUCUUAACUGCUAGAAGAUUAGAUAAAUUACAACUCAUCAAAGAUGAUUUAAUAAAAACUUACCCUGCCAUCAAAGUUCAUAUUGUUACUUUGGAUGUAUCGAAAUUAUCCACCAUUGCACCCUUUGUAACUUCCUUACCUUCUGAAUUCAGUGAUAUUGACGUAUUGGUGAAUAAUGCCGGUUUAGCCCUUGGAAGAGAUCCCGUAGGGGAUAUUUUACCACAAGAUAUUGAACAAAUGUUUCAAACUAAUGUAUUUGGAUUAAUCACAUUAACGCAAACUAUCUUACCUCAUUUCAAAUCGAAAAAUUCAGGUGAUAUUGUUAAUUUAGGUUCAAUCGCAGGGAGAGAUCCAUAUCCUGGUGGAGCUAUUUAUUGUGCUACGAAAUCAGCCGUUAAAUCAUUCAGUCAUGUCUUAAGAAAAGAAUUAAUCAAUACUAAGAUUAGAGUAUUGGAAGUUGAUCCUGGGAAUGUCGAGACGGAAUUCUCAAUUACAAGAUUUAAAGGAGAUGUUUCAAAAGCUAACGAUGUUUAUAAAGGUACUGAACCAUUAAUUGCUGAAGAUAUUGCUGAAAUUAUCGUGUUUGGAGUAUCAAGAAAUCAAAAUACCGUCAUUGCUGAAACGUUGGUGUUUGCUACUAAUCAAGCAUCUGCCAGUCAUUUAUAUAGAAAUGAAUAA